ACUACCAUCGUAACCAUGUUGGUCUACCCAGUCCUAGUGCUAGCCCUAGGUGCCCUAUGGCCACUGGACUGGACACCUAUUAGACUGGAUUCACUGAGCCCAGUGAGUGGCCACUACCACGGUACCACAUGGGCCAUGGCAGAGAAGGUGACUCAGGGAGAUGAUCUGGAGGACGUGGUGGUAGUGGAAGGUACUACUGGUGAUGAAGGGAAAGAAGUUUUGCAAGUUUAUAACAGAUAGUUGCUGGUCAGAAUGUUUUG